GGCACCCCCAUGCACCCCUCCACCGCUCAGAUCCCUGACACCCCCGGACGCGCAUCCUGCUCCCCGCCCCCCCGGGGAUCCCCGCUCGCCGCAGGCGCCUGCACAAGCCCGAACUUGUCCGCGCGGGGGCGGGCCGGCGCUGACGUCACGGCCCGGGGGGCGGUGCCAGCCUCGAGCCCCGGGAGCGGCUGGAGUCCGCGCGCUACUUGCUGUGGCUUCGCUGGUCCCGGUGCAGCUGAGCUCCCCGCGCUCGUCGCGCACAGUCGGAGCCUCCGCGGGACCCAGCGACCCCCGAGCCGCCCCGGGAGGGUUCAUGCAGCUGCAAGCUCACCGAGCGCCAUGGCCAGACCACUGCAGGAGGGGAGCCGCUCUGAGCCGACAGCCGCCCUGCCAGGGGACCCAGCCUUCCUGCUGGGGGGGCCGGUGGCCAUGCCGCCCGCCGUCUGCCCGGGCAGCCUUGCCCUGCCACCCCGGCUGAACUGCGGCUUCUGCCCUGACGGCCCCACUCCCUGCUCGCUCUACCGCUGUGUCCGGGGGCCGGAGCCCCCCAGGAGCCGCAGCGCCAGCAGCGGUGCCAGGCGCUGGGACGCUCCUGAAACUGGCAGGACCAGGGGCAGCAGGGCACAUGGAGAGCUCCGGCCCAUGCAGGAUGAGGGGCCCAACAGAGAGCAGCCCCCCACAGAGCCAGCCCCAGAGGGCGCAGUGUCCAACGGCCGCCUCCCCAGGGAGCCUCUGGACCCGGAGCACGCGCUGGGGGCCCAGCUGCGGCGCAUGGGUGACGCCUUCCACCAGGCCCAUGAGAGGCAGUGGCAGGAGCGGCAGCGACAAGGUGCCCUCUGGGCCCGUUUCUACCACUUCAUCUCUCAGCUGUUGGGCGCCUUCUACAACAUGCCCGUGGACGUGAUGGCUGAGUUGCAGCCCAACUAGCCCGUCCGAGGGCCGGAGCUGGGGCCGCGGGGGGAGACCAGCCCCCAGCGCAGACUGCGGAGCCUCUUGGCAAAAUGUAGCAACUUCCAGAGCUUAUAACUGGUUCUCGUAGCC